GUGCCGUCUAAAAGAAAAGAAAAGUAAAACCCUAAUUUGGCUCUCUCCAUUCCGUUCGGCUCAGCUCGAGGAAGCUCUCCCACCGAUACAAUGAUUAUCACAGAGCAAAACCGAAGAGAAAUCUGCAAAUACCUUUUCAAAGAAGGAGUUCUGUUCGCAAAGAAGGAUUUCAAUCUCCCAAAGCAUCCGUUGAUUGAAUCAGUACCGAACCUGCAAGUGAUCAAGCUCAUGCAGAGCUUCAAAUCCAAGGAGUAUGUUAGGGAGACAUUCGCGUGGAUGCAUUAUUAUUGGUUUCUGACCAACGAAGGAAUCGAGUUCUUGAGAACUUAUCUUAACCUUCCGUCUGAUGUUGUUCCUGCUACUUUGAAGAAGUCAGCUAAGCCUCUCGGUCGUCCAUUUGGUGGCCCACCUGGUGAUCGCCCAAGGGGACCUCGCUUUGAAGGAGACCGUCCUAAAUUUGGUGACCGUGAUGGUUACCGUGGAGGUCCUCGUGGUGGUGGUGAGUUUGGAGGCGAAAAGGGUGGAGCUCCAGCAGAUUACCAGCCAUCUUUCCAAGGAAGUGGUGGUAGGCCUGGAUUUGGCCGUGGUGCUGGUGCACCUGCACCAUCUGCUUCAGGUGGUUCAGGGUGGUAGUAGGCCUGACUUUGGUCCGUGGUGCUGGUGGUUACACCGCUGCUGCACCAUCUGGUUAAGGUUUCCUUUGAAAAUGAAAGGGUUUUUACAGUAAGACCAUGGGGAUGUUGCUUCAGCUUUAAAUUUUUGCUUGUGUAAUUCAGAUUCCGGAAUCCUUCAUAAUCUAUCUGAGUUUAGUUUUGUUGUUUGAGCAAACCUCCAAUUCAAAGUACA